AUUGUAUUGGGCAUGCUUUAUUACUAAUAUUAAAGUAGUCUACUCAAAUCCAUUUUUUUUUGUUUUGUUUUGUUUUUUUUUAAACUUUCUUUCUAUUAUAACUUAAUAUGGCUGCCUCUACCUCAACAAAAGUGCUUUCUCUUUAUCGUAAUUUCAUUCGUUAUGGCCACAAAUUUGCUUCAUAUAACUUUAGAGAUUAUGCCAAUCGUCGCUCAAGAGAUGCUUUUAGAGAUAAUAUGAAAGAAACUUCACCAGAAAAGAUUGCUGCUUUUAUCGAAAAGGCUGAAAAUGAAUUAGCUAUCCUUAAACGUCAAGCUACUAUUAGUCAAAUGUAUACCAAGGGUGAACAUUUGGUUGUUGAAGUUCCACGCAAGAAUUAAAAAAGAAAAAAAAAACUUCCUUCAAAUGUGGAUUUGUAAUCAACAGAAUAUAUAACAUGUGUAUUUAUUAGAAUAAAAAGAGAAAAACAAACAAACAAACCAGUAAACAUAUACAUGUGCAUAAAAGAGUAUGUUUAUUCAUCAUGGCUAGCUGAUAUUUAGUAUUUUUAUUUAUUUCAUUCCAAUCAGUUCAUCAAGGUUCCUCCUCCUUCCGUAUUGCCGCGCACUCUUUUUUUAUUUUAUUUUAUUUUAUUUUAUUUUAUUUUAUUUUAUUUUUAUUUUAUUUUAUUUAUUUCCAAGACAAGAA